GGCUUCACCUGUAGCUGAGGUGCCCUUGGUGCUGGUCAUGACUGAAUGCCAACAUUGAUCUUUAUGCUGUGAAGAGACCUACAUCUGGUGGAUUCUACAUUUGGGCCCAACCAUGUUCCACUUGAUCAAGAAAGAUAAAGACAAGGAGAAGGAUGGAACAAAAAAGGAGAAGAAAGAGAAAAAAGAGCGAAUGUCUCAAGCCGAACUGAAGAGUCUAGAGGAAAUGAGUGUGAGGAGAGGUUUCUUUCAUCUUCAUCGAAGCAGCUCUAAACGAGAGGCGAAAGGAAAGCUGGAGAUUUCCAGCCCCAUUCCCAUCAAGGUGGUCCGAAACACAGAGCUCAGCCUGACAGACGUGGACCUUAGGAAACUCUAUACACAGAGUACCAUAACACCCACGAGCUCCAGCGAUGACAUUAAGCUGGACCAAGACGUCCGCCGGUCAUCCAUCAAAGAACAGGCAGUCAAGUACGACUCCAUGACAAAGCAAAAUUCCCAAGUCGAACAAAUCUUGAAGCGGUUUUCUUUUUCACAGAAGAGCAAAGAGGAAAGCCCUUCAGGGUCGACUGCACCAUCAGCGCAGAACUCCACCAUUCCCUCACCUCAGGUAGAGGUCAAGGUAUUCAAUCCCCCGCCUCUACAUACACCUCACCAUCCCACCAGCCCUGCAAAGAUGGUCCAGGUCCCAGAGAUAGUGGACCAAACAUUCCCAGCUGACUUGCGCUUGCCUGCUGUGGCGCCUCCACAGAUUCCUGUACCAAGAGAGUUGGAAAUUCAGCGCCGCAACACGGGCGAUUUUGGCUUUUCCCUUCGUCGCACCACCAUGGUGGACCAGCGGCCCGAUGGGUCGCUCUACCGAAAGGUGGUUCACUUUGCCGAGCCCGGCGCUGGGAAUAAGGACCUGACACUGGGGCUGGUACCAGGCGACCGUCUGGUAGAGAUCAACGGGAGGAACGUGGAAAGUAAAAGCAGGGAUGAGAUCGUGGAGAUGAUCAGGCAGUCUGGAGACACGGUACGUCUGAAGGUGCAGCCCAUCAUGGAGUUGAGCGAGCUGAGCCGCUGCUGGUUGAGGAACACCAGAGGCCCGUACCACGAUGUUUACGAGGUGAAGACGGAGGAGCAGCUUGCUGCAGAGAAGGCCUGGUACAACACUGAGAAAGUCUGGCUUGUCCAUAAAGAUGGCUUCUCGUUGGCUACACAGCUCAAGAUGGAGAUGGGUUCUCUCCCAGAGGGGAAAGUAAAGGUCAGACUGGAGCAUGAUGGGACCGUACUGGAAGUGGACGAGGAUGAUGUGGAGAAGGCAAAUCCUCUAUCAUAUGAUCGAGUGGAGGAUCUCUCCUCUCUUCUGUACCUCAACGAGUCUAGCAUCCUUCACACCCUGCGCCAGCGCUAUGGUGGAAACCUCAUUCACACCUACGCUGGGCCAAACCUGCUGGUGAUCAAUCCUCUCAGCACCCCUGCCUUGUACUCAGAGAAGGUGAUGCAGAUGUUUAAGGGCUGCCGGAGAGAGGAAACAGCCCCUCACAUUUUCGCUAUUGCUCAGUCGGCGUAUCAUCAGCUGCUGACCACACGUCAGGAUCAGACCAUCAUGCUGCUGGGCAAGAGUGGCAGUGGAAAGACCACUAACUGUCAGCACCUGCUGCAGUACCUGGUCACCAUCGCAGCCGGCAGUGGAAAGGUGUAUUCAGCUGAGAAAUGGCAGGCGGUCUACACGGUUCUGGAGGCUUUCGGGAACUGCAGUACAGCUAUGAAUGUGAACGCCAGUCGCUUCUCACACAUAGUCUCUCUUGACUUCGACCAGGCAGGACAGGUGGCCUCUGCCUCUGUUCAGACCAUGUUGCUGGAGAAGUUCAGAGUGACCAGACGACCAGAAGCAGAAUCAAGCUUCAAUGUGUUUUACUAUCUGAUGGCUGGAGCAGAUGCAGCUCUAAAGACUGAGCUUCAUUUUAAUCACUUUGCUGAGAACAGCACGUUUGGGCUCCUCCCUCACUCGAAGCCUGAGGACAAGCAGAAAGCCGCUCAGCAGUUUACUAAGCUACAGGCUGCCAUGAAGGUCCUGGGCAUCUCUGCUGAAGAACAGAAAACCGUGUGGCUGAUCUUAGGGGCCAUAUACCACCUUGGGGCCGCUGGGGCCACCAAAGAUGCAGCGGGCCGAAAGCAGUUUGCCAGGCAUGAGUGGGCACAAAAAGCAGUAUAUCUCCUGGGCUGCACGCUGGAAGAGCUGUCGUCCGCCAUCUUUAAAACGCAGGGCAAGGGCACCCUUCCCCGCUCCUCAAGUGUCCGGCAGAGUACGGAUGACACGGAUAGCUCAGUGUCUAAAGCAACAGCAGCUGAGUGUUUGGAGUUCAUGGCGUCUGGUUUAUACGUCGAGCUUUUCACACUCAUCAUCUCUCUCAUUAACAGAGCGCUGAAGUCCAGUCAGCAUUCUCUCUGUUCUCUGCUGAUUGUGGACACACCAGGGUUCCAGAACCCUCGUCAGGUGAAGAACCAGCGCGGGGCCACGUUUGAGGAGCUCUGUCACAAUUACGCUCAGGAUCGUCUGCAGAUGCUGUUCCAGGAGCGAACAUUCAUACGGGAACUGGAGCGUUACAAAGAGGAAAACAUUGAGAUCACUCUGGAUGACCUGGAGCCCAGCCCUUCUCGCUCAGUAGCUGUGGUUGAUCAGUCCUCCAGUCAGACCCUGGUACGUACUCUGUCCCGGACAGAUGAGGCCAGAGGUUUGUUCUGGCUGAUGGAGGAGGAGGUUUUGCAGCCGGGAGGGUCCGAGGAAACACUCCUGCAGCGACUUUUCAGUUACUAUGGCCCUGCAGAGGGAGAGAGCACAGGUCACACAGUGGUGCUUAAAAGUGAAAACACACAUCACUUCCUACUCGGUCACAGUCACGGGACAGAUUGGGUGGAAUAUGACACUCGUGGAUGGCUGAACCUAGCCAGGCUAAAUCCCACCCCCCAGAAUGCAGCCAAUCUGCUGCAGAACUCCCAGAAGAAGAGCAUCAGUGGGAUGUUUGUGGGCCGCUCCAGCAGUGCUGCGGUUCUGACAGGCUCCAUCGCUGGACUGGAGGGCGUCUCUCAGCUCGCUAUGCGUCGGGCCACCAGCAUGAGGAAGACCUUCACCACAGGCAUGGCAGCUGUCAAAAAGAAGUCUCUCUGUCUUCAGAUUAAACUACAAGUGGAUGCACUGUUGGACACCGUCCGCAGAUCCAGGGUUCACUUUGUCCACUGUCUGUUACCCCGAGCGGAGGGCAAGGGCACCCUUCCCCGCUCCUCAAGUGUCCGGCAGAGUACGGAUGACACGGAUAGCUCAGGUGAGAGUUGUGACCCUGGACUCAUGCAGAUGGAUGUGGCUUUGCUCAGGGCCCAGAUCCAUGGCUUCAAACUGUUGGACAGCUUGAGGAUUUACAGACAAGGUUACCCUGAUCACAUGGUCUUCUCUGAGUUCAGAAGACGCUUUGACGUUUUGGCCCCUCACCUGACCAAGAAACUGGGCCGAAACUACAUUGUGAAGGAUGAGAAACGAGCAGUAGAGGAGCUUUUGGAGUCUUUGGAAUUAGAGAAGAGCAGCUAUCACAUGGGCCUGAGCAGGGUGUUCUUCAGGGCUGGAACAGUGGCUAAACUAGAGGGACAGAGGGAUGAACACACCAGACAGAACAUCACGCUGUUCCAGGCCACCUGCAGGGGCUUUCUGUCUCGACAGGCCUUCAAAAAGAAGAAGAUCCAGGAUUUGGCUAUCCGUUGUGUCCAGAAGAACAUUAAGAAGAAUCGUGGUGUGAAGGACUGGCCCUGGUGGAAGCUCUUCACCACAGUACGACCUCUAGUAGAGGUUCAGCUCAGCGAAGAACAGAUUCGUGGAAAAGAUGAGGAGAUCAUGCAUCUGAAGUUGAAGCUGGAGAAAGUGGAGAAGGAAAGAAAUGAGCUACGGCUGACCUCGGAUCGUCUGGAGAGCCGAAACACAGAGCUGACUGCAGAGCUUUCAGAUGAGAGAAAUUCUGCGGAGUCCACAUCCCAGCUGCUGGAGACGGAAACAAGCGAAAGAUUGCGUUUGGAGAAGGACAUGAAGAAUAUGCAGGUGAAGUUUGACGCUGUGAAGAAGCAGAUGGAGUCCAUGGAGAUGGAGAUCAUGGAGGCCAGACUCCUCCAAGCAUCAGAACUCAAUGGCGAGGUGGACAAUGAUGGUGAUGAUUCUGGAGGUGAAUGGAGGCUGAAAUAUGAACGUGUCAUCAGACACACAGAAUUCACAAAGAAAAAACUCCAGCAGGAGAUGGAUGACAAGCUGGAGACAGAACAACAGAACAAGAGACACUUGGAGAGAAAAUUAGGGGACUUGCAGGCUGACCACGAGGAGUCCCAGCGUUCAGUCCAGCAGCUGAAGAAGAAAUGCCAGCGGCUGGCAGCUGAACUGCAAGACACCAAACUGCACCUGGAAAAUCAAGAGGGACGCAACCAUGAGCUUGAGAGAAAGCAGAGGAAGUUUGAUGUGGAGAAGAACCAGUUUCAAGAGGAACUACAGAAGGAGAGGAACCAGCGGGAGAAACUGGGCCGCGAGAGAGAUGUGCUAACUGGUGAGGUGUUUACAAUCAGACAACAGCUACAGGAGAAGGACACAGAGCUGUGUACGGUCAGUCUGAAAGUAGAGCAGCUGGAAUCCGAGCUCCAGGAUCUCUCCUCUCAGGAGUCGAAAGACGAGGCUUCACUCGCAAAGGUUAAGAAGCAACUGCGUGACCUGGAAGCAAAGGUCAAAGAUCAAGAGGAGGAGCUUGAUGAACAGGCUGGAACCAUUCAGAUGCUGGAACAGGCUAAACUCCGUUUGGAAAUGGAGAUGGAGAGACUGAAACAAACGCACUCUAAAGAGCUGGACAGUAAAGACGAGGAAGUGGAGGAGAUCAGACUGUCCUGCAGUAAGAAGCUGAAGCAGAUGGAUCUAGAGUGUGUUGGUCAGAGGGAUGUAGAGACAGAGAAACGUCUCAGGAAGGACCUGAAGCGUACAAAAGUUCUUCUGGCUGAUGCGCAGAUGAUGCUGGACCACCUAAAGAGUAAUGUGCCCAGCAAAAGAGAGAUCAUCGCACUCAAAAAUAAGUUGGAGGAGUCAGAGUUUGCCUGCGCAGCUGCAGUUAAAGCACGCAAGUCUAUGGAGCUGGAAAUUGAGGACCUUCAUAUCCAGAUGGACGACAUCACAAAAGCCAAGAUGGCUUUGGAGGAGCAGAUAAGUCGUCUACAGAGAGAGAAGAAUGACCUGCAAUCUCGCUUUGAGGAGGAUCAGGAGGACAUGAACGAACUCAUGAAGAAACACAAAGCUGCAGUGGCUCAGUCUACAAGAGAUCUGGUGCAGAUCAGUGACCUGCAGACCCAGGUGGAGGAGGCCAUGAAGGAAAAACAAGAGAUCCAGGACAAGCUUCACUCCCUGCAGUCACAGCUUGAAUUUCAGGAACAAUCUAUGGUGGAGAAAUCGCUGGUCAGCCGUCAGGAAGCCAAAAUCCGUGAACUAGAGACCAAACUAGAAUAUGAGAGGACCCAGACCAAACGUCUGGAGUCUCUUGUAACACGGCUGAAGGAAAACCUGGAGAAGAUGACUGAGGAACGAGACCAGCGUAUUGCCAGCGAAAACCGGGAGAAGGAUCAGAACAAGCGCAUGCAACGGCAGACCCGGGACAUUAAGGAGGAGAUGACUGAACUGUCUAAGAAAGAGGCAGAAGCCAGUCGCAAAAAACAUGAGCUGGAAAUGGAUAUUGAAAGUCUGGAAGCAGCCAAUCAGAGCUUACAAGCAGAUUUGAAGUUGGCCUUUAAGCGGAUUGGGGACCUGCAGGCUGCUAUGGAAGAUGAAAUGGAGACAGAUGAUGAUGAUGACCUCAUCAACAGUUUACAAGACAUGGUGACAAAGUAUCAGAAAAGAAAGAACAAAACUGGAGAUGAAUCAGAUAUGGACUCUGAAGUGGAGGACCGCGUGGAUGGGGUGAAGUCAUUGCUCUCCAAGAGCAAAGGAUCCACCAAGACACUCUCUGAUGAGGGCACCCAGAAGACCACCAGACACGCCAAUGCUGCUAAUGCAGAUGUGAAAGAUAUAAAAGAAGGGAAAGAGGGAAAAGAGGGGAAGGAGGAAGUAAAAAAAGAUUCGGACGAGAGCCGUCCAGUGUCUGUGAUAAGCUCGCUCAGCUACAGGAAACGCUCCCAUCAGAAGGACUGGAAUGGAGGUGCAGGGGAUGACAGCUCCCUCUUCAGUGCCCUUCGGGAGCAGCCAGACAUGCCUGACCGAUUGUCGUUGCGCAAAGCUAAAGGCAAAUCCACAGACAGGCCUCAGACUGGUGAUGAUCUGGAUGACCGGGGUUCAGUGAUAUCCCAGGCAUACUCUGAGGCUACCAGUAGGGCCAGGAAAGGCCUAGACCGUCGCUGGACCAAAAGCAGUCCAGAAUUUGACAAGGAGUCCAUGGUGUCCUCGGUUGCCCCGAGCCGGGCUUCCACACGCCGUGGGAUUGGCCAAGAUGAUGACGCUCAGUCUGGUGUGAGCAGGUUCAGCUUGCGACGUAGUACUUCUUGGAUGGAUGACAGCCGCAGUGAUUACGGGCCGACAAGUACUAGUAUGAGCCAACGAUCUAGAAGCCGCAGUCCUGGAAGCACCAGCGUCGGCUCACAAAUCUCCUUGGCCCGCAGCAACCGACUUAGCGAGUUUGGAGUUCGUUUGAAUAAUGAUGAUGUUGAUGACGAUGAUGAUGUUGACUCUGUAAGUGUGGCCGCAUAUAGUCCACGCUCGGUGGGCCGUAGUCUGUCCACUCCAGCCCAGCUACGCUCCUCAGAGAACCCACUAGACGCUUCUGACGUUAAACCCGUGAGCCACCGCAACUACUUGGACCCUGAGUUAGAAAAAGCCAUCAAUGAAGUCCUGAGCUUCAAGCCAAUUAAAUUCAAACGCCGCAGCUUAGAAGUCUCAGAUGAUGAAGAAGAGGAGGGAGGUGGUGGUGCAGGAGAGGAAGACGACAGGAAGAGCAUCAAAGGUUUGUUGCAAGACAAGGACGAUGAAGGUCUGAGCCUCAGCGGGUCCAGUCUAAGACGCUCGGCUUUAGGUUCUGCUGUAGAUUCUGGACGUUCCGGAAGCUCGCUGAGUUCCUUCAGCUCCAAGAGCAGCAAGAGGAAGAACAAGAAGAAGAGCAGGCGCUCUGAGUCUGACAGCUCCUCCAAUGAGGGUCAUACUCGGCGGCAUUCCAGACAGAAAGAAAAGAGAGGAUCCAGAAGGUCAAGAAAGAAAGAAUCUGGAUCGUCCAAGUCAGAAUCUGACUCGGAAUCAUCAUCUUCAAGCUCUGCAUCAACAGUUUCAUACCGCAGCUCAAACAGCGUGAAGAAAACCCCAGGACAGAAAGUCUCAGAUGGGGGUCCAGAAAGUCCUGAUGAAGAACGACCCCCCAGCAAAAAAGAAAUAAAGAAACAGAAGAAAAAGGUGGACAGUCUGGUUAUGAAGUAUCUCUACAAGCCUAACAGUGAUUAAGGAUCAUUAACAGCCCCCCUCUCUACAGACUACACUCAAUGCAAUAUGAUGAAGACAACACUGGACCAGAGGAAGACACUACAC